GAAAAAGAGUGGCUCAUCCCGCCUUCCUGAACACAACACUUUCAGACAAACUGAGACACGAUGGCAGGAAAUAUGCAGGGAAUCUGUCAAUGUAGCAUUCUCCUCUCAGGAAUAUGCACGGCGGGGUUCCUCGCUGUACUUGGAUUAACUUUCCCGGUUGCACAGAUCACUUUAGGUUUGGUGUACAUGCAUGAGUGUCCAGUAGCACCAGUUAUCCCAGUGUAUGUGAUGGUGUUCGGGAUCUGGGCCCUGGUGAUGAUGGCUUCCUUGGCUUUGCCAAAGAUCCUCUGCCCGGCAUCUCCGACUCACGUGGUCUGGACUGUGUGGAUCAUCAUCCUGUCCGUAUUCUUCUUUGUCUGGCUCCUCUUUGGAAGUUACCAGGUUUAUUCCAUAUAUCCACCCAACUAUGACAGGAACACAAGCUCCAACAGCUCCAGUCUUCCUGCACCUGACAGCAAAUUCAGCCUCACCUCAGGGAACCAGAACCUUCUGAACCUCAACCAGACCUGGAGCAUCAGCCACAACCAGACUUCAGGGAAUCUUACUCAAACUUCGGGCCCCAGCAGCUCAAACAGGAAGACAAACAGAAAGCAUUCAGAUCAGGAGCCAGCUGCAGCGCCUCACUGCAGCAGGACCGUGUACCUGUUUGCUUUCUGGACCACCACGCUGGUCUACGUGGCCGCAGGACUCAUCCUGGUGACGAUCCUCUGUGUAUGGGGUUUGAUGGAAGCUGUAGAUAAGUGUGUCAAAUAUGCCACAACCUGAAUUCCUGAUAAGAGGAAUGUUGAAACUGGAGCUGUUUGUUGGAAAAGUCGGAUCCAGGUUCUUGUUGGCUGUGAGUGUUUACAGCAGUGUAUGAUUUACGCAACCUGAAAAGUGAAGAGAGCUCAGACUUUUUCUGAUUUGGAAACUGAAGUUUUAAAUUGCAUCAUUUAAAGUUAGUUAUUUCAACACACAGUAAAGGAAGUUUAAGAAUUUCCUGACACCAAAUAGAGAACUGAAAACAGUCCUGUUUGGGCUGAACAUAACCUGAAAGUCCAAAUGGGCUCUUAAAGGGACACUUGACUGUGUUUUUAAAUGGGGUUGUGUGAAUAUGUAUGAGCUGUCUAACACGCAGCAAACACAGUGUGUAAGUGUACAAAGUGAUUAUAGCCCCAAUUUAAAAAAGUUGGGACCCUUUGUAAAAUACAAAUAAAAACAGA